AUGGAUACCAUGAGCGCCGUCGCCGACGCGUUGCUCGACGGCCCCGGCGCGUCGACGGGAACGUCGGGGAAGAACCCGUUCUUCCCGAUCGCGCCGCCGCCGGGCGUGGUCAAGGUGCGGUGCGAGCGCACGGGAUACGUGAUGACGAAACCGUUCGAGGCGAAUAACCCGAUGCCGGAGGCGUUCGAUCAAACGUGCGAGUACAUCGUGAAGAUGCUGAAUCCGGUGAUCAAGCCGAAGGGUCAGGGGGUGAAGAAGGCGGACGGCGGCGACGCGGGCGCGAGCGGACAAGGGAAGAAGAAGGAGAAGAAGCCGACGGCGCCGGUGGAGGAGGUGGAUCCCGUGGAGAAGGCGAAGCUCGUCGUCGGUAAAGUGGUCGAGGUCGGACACGUGGAGAAUAGCGAUAAGCUGUACCUGUGCCAGGUGGACGUCGGCGAGGAAGCCCCGAGACAGGUGGUGACCGGUCUGCGCAAGUUUGUCCCAGAGAACGAGCUCAAGGACGCGAUGGUGCUCACGAUCGUGAACCUAAAGCCGGCAAAGUUGGCGGGUCAAGCGUCGGUGGCGAUGAUUCUCGCCACUGAGUACGAGGCCGAGGGCGAGACCAAGGUGAAGCUCGUGCGCGUUCCGGAGGGCGCUAAGUGCGGCGACGUCGUAACGCCAGCAGGCACGGCGCCGUCCGCGACGUACCCGAAGGAGUGCAAGAGCAAGUUUUGGGACGCUGUGAAAGAGAAGCUCGCCGUGAAGGACGGCAAGGCGAUGUACGGCGAUAAGGUGCUCUCGUGCGAGGCGGGCGAGUGCACCGUGACGGACGUGCCGUCGGGAGCCAGCAUCAAGUAG